AUGUCGCUCCAAGAGUGGGCUGCAGCCCAGCUUGCAGAGCUAGAACUUCUCGGCAGCAUGUUCCCCACGCGUGACGAACUGGAGAUGCUGGACCAGCUGGCCUUGGCCGAGCUCCGCGAUUACGUGGACGGAUCCUCGCCACCUCCUUCCUGCAGAGCACAGUUCGUCAUCAGGCAGAGGCUGCAGGAUGUGGAUUUCCACAUGUCCUGUACUUUCCCACCACAAUAUCCCUGCGUGAUCCCGGAGAUCACUGUCACGUCUCCUGGACUGGGCCGAGCCCAGCAGACUCGGCUGCAAGCCGGACUGAGGGCGUACCUGACGGAGGUCUGCCUGGGGGAAGUCUGCGUGCUGUCGGCGGCCGACUGGCUGAGAGACAACCUGCGGGCCUUCCUGAGCGAGACGGCCACGCCGGCGCCUCCCGAGAGCCACGCCAGCCCGCCGCGGGAGGCCUUCAGUCGACUGUGGAUCUACAGCCACCACAUCUACAACAGCACCAAGAGGAAGAACAUCCUGGAGUGGGCCAAGGAGCUCGGUCUGACCGGGUUCAGCAUGCCAGGGAAGCCCGGGAUUGUUUGUGUGGAAGGAGCACAGUCGGCCUGCGAGGACUUCUGGUCCAGAGUCAAGGUUCUGACCUGGAAGCGGAUCGCCAUCCGACACAGAGAAGACGUGCCCCUGAGUGGCGAGGGCGCCGUGCCGAGCGUGGACUCCCUGCGCAAGUUCUCGGGCUUCCAGGAGGUCGCGUUUGAGCCCCGCGGGCCCCGAGGCAACCACAUGGACCUGGGCCUGCUCUACCAGUUCUUGCAGGAGAGAGGCUGCUGCCACGUCUUCCAAAUGUACUUUGGCGUAGAAGGCAGGUAGAAAGUUUCUCCGGACUUUAUGAAGCAACUCCAGUCCAGGGGCCUCCAAAGUGAACAAUCAAAGCAUGCGGCGGCCGUUUUGGUAUUUUUCAUUUUCAAAACCAAUACAAUAUACAGCAUUUUUCGGAGUAUAAGUCGCACCGGCCGAAAAUGCAUAAUAAAGAAGUACCGUAUUUUCCGCACUAUUAGCCGCACCUAAAAACCACAAAUUUACUCAAAAGCUGACAGUGCGGCUUAUAACCCGGUGCGCUUUAUAUAUGGAUUAAUAUUAAGAUUCAUUUUCAUAAAGUUUAGGUCUCGCAACUACGGUAAACAGCCGCCAUCUUUUUUCCCCGUAGAACAGGAAGCGCUUCUUCUUCUACGCAAGCAACCGCCAAGGUAAGCACCCGCCCCCAUAGAAGAGGAAGCGCUUCUUCUUCUACUGUAAGCAACCACCCGCCCCCGUAGAAGAAGAAGAAGCGCGCGGAUAUUACGUUUCAUUUCCUUUGUGUGUUUACAUCUGUAAAGACCACAAAAUGGCUCCUACUAAGCGACAGGUUUCCGGUUCAUGAAAAGACGCAAUCUCUCCAUCCGCACACGGACU